GCGUGCUUCAAGUGAAGGACUUUGCAGACCACGAGAUGUCCCACAUGCACAAAGAGUCCUUGGAAUUGGCAUCUGCCCCGCCUGUGGCCUCAACCUCGUCCUCCUGUGGGCCCUCGACCUCCCCAGAGUCCUCGUGCCCAACUGCGGCUUUGAUCCGGCUGUCGAUUGAGGAGUUCAGCCGCAAAGCAGAACUGGCAUCACGAAGUGAUCCCAUGAACUUUCCGCCGGCACUUUGCGACCGACAGAAGCACGGCAAGAUGAUCCAAGCCAUUGCCCUCGUCUUGCCACCUGGCAGGCUGUUGAGGUUUAACGAGGACAGAGAGCUGCUGGAAAAGAAGAAGGUGCUCAGUGUUGGAUGGGCAGAGGACGUGGCCGAUGGUAUUUGCAUGGUAAAGUUGAAAUUCUGCAUGAGCGACUACACUGUGCAGCGACGGCUUGGAGACUUGCGGAACAUUCACGGACAGAAGGCAAUCAUGAUUGUUUCAGUCAAUGUGUCAAUCCGUGUCAUGUUCGCCGCAGAAUGUGAUUCCUGA